AUGUUUGUGCAUGCGCUGCAGCAGCAACAGCAGCAACAGCAGCAGCAGCAACAGCAGAAAAAGCAGCAUAUAUACCAGAAACAACAGAAACAGCAACAGCAGCAACAGCAGCAGCAAACGGAGCAGCAGCAACAGCAGCGGCAGCAGCAAACACAGAAACAACAGCAGCACCAGCAACAACAGCAGCAGCAACAGCAGCAGCAACAGCAGCAGCAGUGA